GUUUUAUCAAUCAAAGAGUAAGGAUUGUUUCUAGGCAACACAAAAAUCCUUCCUGUUCGACUGGCGUUAACAGCGUGUAAAGAUGGUGCCACUGGAGCAACUCCACCUCAAUCACGUCUUACAAACCGUGUCUGCACUGGAGUCCAUCAUCCUUCGGAGUUUUGGACCUGAAGGAGGACAGGUGUUGUUCACAAGAGAUACAGGACAAGUAAUGUUGAGCCGAAGCGGAAAACGCAUACUCACUGCACUACAUUUGGAUCACCCACUGGCCAGGAUGGUGGUGAGGUGCGCCUGGAAGCACAGCACAAUAACGGGUGAUGGAUCCAAAACCUUUGUUCUUCUGCUUGCAUCAUUACUACGAAUAAUUCAUGCAACAACCACUAAGGAGCCUCAUAUGUUUCAGCCUCAUAACUCCACAAAAGCAGCAGAAGCUGCCACUGCCAGGCACUUGGCUGACAGACUGCUAGAAUUUGCACUGACUGAGUUGGAUGAACUCAUUGUGCUGAAUGUGCUGCCACAUGGAUUCUGUGUUUCAUUAGAGAAUUUCACAGUGAAAACACAACAUAAUCUCAGUUUUCAAACUCUUCUGGUAUCGUUUUUUCACACACGCCUGGGCUAUGCGUAUUGUGACUUUUUCCGCAACCUCUUCUGUGAACUACUCAGUCACUGGAAGGUAGCAGAUGACCAACCCUCAUUCUCCAUUCAACUUUUAAAUAACAGCUUCCCAGCACUGCAUACCCAAGUAUCAGGCAUGCCUGUCAGCUGCUCACGUUUGAUUGAAGGGCAGAUAAUUCACAGAGACUUUGCUACGCUUUGCCCCCAAGUAAGAAAGCAGCCACUCAAAGCUGUAGUUUUCAAUGGAUACCUGCAGCCGAAAUUACUCAACACAGGAGAUGUACUUGAUUUGCUUUGUGGAGACAAAGUGACAGAGGACAGGGGUAUUGUGCACUUUAGCUCUUGGACAGAAAGGUCAGUGGAGGGCAUAAUUGCAACUCUGCAGAGUUUUGGUGUCUCUGUCCUUUUGUGUGCACUGAAACAGUCCUCUGCUGUCCUGGCUGCAGCAACACAGGCAGGGAUGUGCCUUGUGGAGUGUGUCAGUGAAGAAGAAAUUUCUCUGUUUACGCAGCUAAGUGGGGUAACACCCAUCUCAGACUGCAGGAGGAUUCAUCCAGAGCAUAUUGCAAAACUGACUUUCUGUAAACCAUUACUGCUUGGAGCCCACAGAUACGUUCAUUUGGACUUCCAUGAUUGUGAGGAAAGACUCAGAGUUAAACCUUGUAGCCUGGUGAUUUGUGCCCCAAGCGAAGGUCAAGCUGAUCAGCAUGCAUGUGCAUUUCAAGACGCCUUUCGAAUGCUACUGACAGCAUUGGAGCCCUUGCACAAGAUUCAGACGGCUCUAAAGAAAACCAUCCCAUCAGAAAAAUGCAGAUCUUUACAUGCAGACAAUAUAAGUAAUGAAACUGCAUGCAGAGUGCAUCUUCAUCAAAAAUGUAUGAUAGACACAGGUUGUGUAAUAUCUGCUGGUGGGACAUUUGAGUUUCUGCUGCACCGUGCCCUUCAUCAAUAUGGCCACAGUUGCUCAGUUUCUGUUAACACAAGUGCAGUUUCCCAGCUCUUGGCAAAGGCCCUGUUGAGCGUGCCCCAGCAGAUUUACUCUCACAACCUAAAACAUUUCCUGCAGGCACAAACCAGGGUUACGGCUUUGAUUCCAAAACAACCCAAAGCCCUCAGCACAAACCUCAUACAUACCGAAGGUCCUCUUGGAGAUGGCAAACUAAACUUAUGCUCUUGUAAAAAGGGGAACAUGUCAUUAAAACUUUUGGACUUGGGCCUUGAAUCCGUCUCUUGUAAGUAUCAGCUGGUACUGGCUGUGCUGCAGUGUCUCACAACUCUGCUCCGUAUGAACAUGGUGCUGCGGACACACACUAUAUUACACACAAAGUCCCACAAUUCCCUGAAUGCUCACUCAGAAAGCUCAGAGGACGAGGUUGAAGACUGAUGUUGUGUUGCUCUAACUGGAAACCAGAAAUGCACUUUUUACGGCAACAUUCAGAAAAAGAACAUCUAAUUUUGGAUGAAAUAAUUGCACUGUCAUUUUUUUCAAUGUGUUUUUUCUUGAUAGUUCAUUGCAGUGUUGUCAGACUAAUGCUUUUGAUCUGUGAAAAUCUAUUAUAUGUAAAUGAAAACAUAAGAGAUGACUGUAUUUAUAGGGAAACGAAUGAAGUGAGAUAAGGUUUUGCCAAACAUAUAAAAUAAGGAAAAAAUCUUGUAAUUUCACAUUGCACAGAGUAAAGUGACAUAGUGACAUAUUUGUCUCAUACUUAAAAUAUUUAAGUAUGACCAAAAAAAGAAAAAACCCAGAAGAAAUUGUUUUCACAGCACAAUACGUCCAUGAAGUAAUUUACUCUUAGGAAAAAAGAAAAACUCAUCUGCGUCACUAUUUGUCUUUCAAAAUGCUUCUUUCUUAUCUUUGUUCUCCUACAUUCCUUUGAACAUCACAGUUUGGUGUGAAGAAAAGAAACACACUGUUGUAAUAGCACAGAAACAUGGCCAUACAAGUGAGUACCGGUACUCUCCUUUUUGCAAUCAGCCUUAUCUACAUAGUGGGGCUUUGGCAGCACCCAACUUUCAUCAGCCAAAUCAUAGACUGCUUCCUUGUACUGUAAUCAAAGGAACACAAAUGCUGUUUUCACCUCUGCUUUUGGGAGAAACUGAGUCAUCUGGAUUUUAAUUAGACUCUUAAUCUAUUACACAUUCUGUUUACUGUUAUUUCUGCAUCCUUAGUUUUUGAGACAAAUUUUCCACAAUUUAAUUAAGACAAAGUGACUCAGAAUCACUUUGUCUUAAUCAAAGGCAGCUCUUUUCUUUGUUUAUGAUCACCAUGAGUCACUGUUGAUUGUCACCAAAAUCAAAGUGGAAAAAGCUGAAGGAGUGGGUGUUUUUUUUUUCUCUCUCUCUCUCUCUCUGCACACUAGGGAACAAACUGAAAAUGUUAUUGUGCUAUCAGGACACCUCAGCUUUUCUAAUCCUGGCAGUGAAGUAGUAAAUUAUUCAUGUUUGGUGUCCAUACGAUUAAACAGAGUUCCAGCAGAGUCUGGAAAAAGAAUUGAAUUGAAUUUUACAUUGUUUAGAUCUGGGAACAUGAAAAAGUCAAAUAGUCUCUGUUUUUUAACCUACUUUAUGGUGUCCAUCCUUCUUUCCAUUUCUGUCCUAAUGCCUUUUCUCCCACCCUCCCUUGAGUCCUUCCCUCAUUCCUUCAUGUGUUCAUCUUUGCUUCCUUAGAAUCUCUUCCAAGCGGCCUCCUUCAUGUUUUGCAUUCUUCACUUUGCAUACAUACUUUGAAUGCUCCAUACUGUAACAGAUUUUUCUCAUUUUCCAUAUCUCCUUUUUCAUGUCCCUUUUAUUCCUCCUUUUGUCUGCCUUCUCUUUUAAAAUUGCGGUUUUAAAGCAUUUGCACUGCAGACAUGUUUACAAUAAAUUCAUGUUGAAUUUUAAUACUUGAUUUUUUUUCCAAGUGAACACAAAAAACUAGAAACUCUGGGGAAUAGUAUGGAAAAGUAUGGUAUCUUAUCAUAAAAAUGUUUGGUAUCAUGAUUAAAAACAACCUGUGAG